UCCUCCUCCCAGCCCCAAACAGCUGCGUCUCUCCAGCCUUCCCUGAUGCCGACUCUCCCAUACUGAUGAGCGUGAGGAGUCGCGCACCUCCUCUUGACGUCGCCUCCUUUCCCUCACCCCGGCUUGCGCAACAACACUGACUGAGCGUGGAAGCGCAGCCCCCCGCCUCCUUUGCUCACUCCUUCCAGCAGCCUCGCACUCUCGCCGGCUCCUCUGCACUCAAAAGUGGACCUUUAGAGCCGAUCCGUCGAGAGGCUGGGAUGUGCGCGUUGCCGCCACUGCUGCUACCGCCGCCCCACCGCUCUUACGUCUGCAUCGCUACCGCCGCGUGGAUUCUGCAACUGUGAGCACAUAUGCACAUCCAGGAGGAGAUAUGCCCGACUCUACCGCGCCACUGCCCGCCUGCAGUCGUCCUCGGCACAGUCCCUCGGGCUCCCUCGCUACCUGCACGGAGGAGCCGAUGCAAGCUUGCUGAAGAAGAAUAAAGACAAAAAAAAGGUCCACAUCCGACACUUCUAGAACCCCUUUUCUUUUGCCUUUUUUUUUGGGUGGUGGUGCGGAAUUUAAAGCCUUACACGACGCGCAGAUUGAUUGCUUCUCCUUUGGAUCAUGCAGAGAUUAUUACCACGGUGAGAGAGAGAGAAAAUAAAGGAUGGAUCCGGUUAUCUGCGUCGUGGGGCUACUGGCGCUGCUCGUGGAGGGGAUCCGUUGCCAAGGAGUGUACGCGCCCCCUACUGUGCGCAUCAUCCACUCAGGGCACGCCUGCAACGUGGAAGAGGAGCGUCACACGGAACGCGUCUACACCAUCCGUGAGGGCGAGACUUUGGAGCUCACCUGCCUGGUGACGGGACAUCCUCGACCGCAGAUCCGAUGGACCAAGACCGCCGGCAGCGUCUCGGACCGCUUCCAGGAUUCCAGCGUCUUUAAUGAGACGCUGCACAUUGGCAAGAUCUUGAGGACGCAGGGUGGCCGCUACUACUGCAAGGCGGAGAACGGCCUCGGCUCACCCGCCAUCAAAUCUAUCCGGGUGGACGUCUACUACCUCGAUGACCCGGUAGUGACGGUGCAUCAGAGCAUCGGGGAGGCGAAGGAGCAGUUCUACUAUGAGCGGACGGUUUUUCUACGCUGUGUGGCCAACUCCAACCCACCCGUUCGCUACAGCUGGCACCGCGGCCGGGAAGUGCUGACGCAGGGCUCGGACAAAGGCGUGGAGAUUUACGAGCCCUUUUUCACGCAGCAGGGGGAAACAAAGAUCUUGAAGCUGAAGAACCUACGGCCGCAAGACUACGCCAACUACAGCUGCGUGGCCUCCGUUAGGAGUGUGUGCGGCAUUGCCGACCGCAGUGUCAUCUUUCGCCUCACCAACAAGACAGCCUCGCCGUCCAUCAAGCUGCUGGUGGAGGACCCUAUCGUGGUGAACCCCGGGGACACGGUGUCGCUAGUGUGCAUCACCACCGGCGGGGAGCCUCCGCCGCUGCUCACGUGGCUCAGCGCCAACGAUAGCCUGCCGCAGAGGAGCUUGGUGAAGGGCGACACGCUCACGCUGCCCGCCAUCACCUCGGACGAGGCGGGCGUUUACAGUUGUCUGGCCAGCAACAAUGUGGGCAACCCGGCUAAGAAGUCCACCACCAUAGUGGUACGAGCGUUGAAAAAGGGUCGCUUCUGGAUCACUCCCGACCCGUACCACAAUGACGACAACAUCCAGAUUGGUCGGGAAGUCAAGAUCUCUUGUCAGGUGGAGGCGACGCCCCCGGAGGAGCUCACGUUCAGCUGGCUGAAGAACGGCCGUGCCCUCCGCAGCUCGGAGCGCAUGGUCAUCACGCAGACGGACACGGACAUCUCGCCCGGCACCACCAACCUUGACAUCAUCGACCUCAAGUUCACCGACUUUGGCACCUACACGUGCGUGGCGGCGCUGAAGGGCGGCGGCAUUCCCGAGAUCAGCAUCGACGUCAACAUCUCCUCCACUACUGUCCCUCCUCUGUUUUUCUCUUUCUUAGUUCCCCCCAACUUGACAGUCCCCCGGGGCAAGUCCCCCCUGGUGGCCCGCGAGGGUGACACGGUGGAGCUGGAGUGCCUUGUUUCAGGGAAGCCCAAGCCCAUCAUCCUGUGGUCGCGGGCCGACAAGGAGGCGCCCAUGCCGGACGGCAGCAUGCAGAUGGAAAGCUACGACGGGGCGCUGCGCAUCGUCAACGUGACGCGGGAGAUGACCGGAUCGUACCGAUGUCAGACCAGCCAGUACAACGGCUUCAAUGUCAAACCCCGUGAGGCUGUGGUGGAGCUCAUCGUCCAAUACCCCCCAACGGUGGAGCCGGUCCACACGGAGCUGCGGCAGGGCCUGGGCCGGCCCGUGGUCAUGACGUGCCGGGUGUUGCGGGCGCACCCAUCGCGUGUGUUGCGCUUCGAGUGGCUGCUGUCCAACCGGCUUCUGCACGCCGGCCCCUUCGACACGCAGCGGGACGACACGGAGUACACCAUCCGCAACCUGAACCGCGACGGCUGGGGCGAGUACACCUGCAAAGUCAUCAACGAGGCCGGCGCCGGGAAGUGCACCUUCCACGUCACAGGCAAGGCCUACGCUCCCGAGUUCUACUACGACACGUACAGCCCGCUUUGGCAAAACCGGCCCAGGAUCUACGACUUCAAGCUACAGUGGACGCAGAUGAAUCCCAACGCCGUGGACCGCAUCGUGGCCUACAGACUCGGUUUCAGACAGAUGGGACAGCAGCGAUGGUGGGACCAGGAGAUUCCCGUGAACUGGACGAUCAACAAGGGAGAGCUCAUCACCCAUAACUUGACCGAGCUCAUCAAACCCGAGUCCUACGAGGUGCGCCUUACCCCCAUCACCCGUUUUGGAGAGGGCGACUCCACCGUGAGGAUCGUCACCUACAACGCUCCCAUCAACCCUCACCUAAGAGAGUUCCACUGCAGCUUCGAGGAGGAGCCCAUCUGCAUGUUCACCCAGGACAAGAACGAUGACUUUGAUUGGACGCGGCACAGCGCCGCCACCCGCGACACCAAGUACACACCCAACACGGGGCCCAGCGGCGACCGCGCCGGCUCCAAGCAGGGUUUCUACAUGUACAUCGAAACGUCCAGGCCGAGGAAGGAAGGGGAUCAGGCGCGCCUGGUCAGUCCGUAUUUCAACAUUGCCCCCAAGAGCCCCUACGGCAUCAGCAACCCGCCGGCCUACUGCUUCGGCUUCUUCUACCACAUGUAUGGGAAACACAUAGGGACGCUAAACGCCUUAUUGAAGCAAAAAGGCCUGACCAGCUCAGAUGGGCCAGUGUGGUCGCUAAGCGGUAACCAAGGGGAGCGCUGGAAGCAGGCCAAAGUCAGCGUCCAUCCGACAGCAUCAUUUCAAGUGGUACUCGAGGGAAUCCGAGGACCAGGCAUCGAGGGCGACAUCGCCAUCGAUGAUGUCACGUUGGAGGAAGGGGAGUGUCGAGACCCCCCGCCCAACCUCAGUGCUGUUGCUCAGUCUACAUCCCUGCAUAUAUGGCUGCUGUGCGCCACCGUGGCGAUGACCCUCUUGGGAGCCCAGAGGUGACCCCUCCGGCCGUCGUCUCAGAGGUCGACCUUCUGACCCGCCGUCUGUGAGCUGUACCCUCGGCAUCCCGUCACCAAAGAUUCACGCAUCACGAAAGCGGCGACGGUCCCCCCCUCCCCAUCCAACCAGGUGGACCGCAUAGGGACAGAAAUGAAGACAUCAAACUGUGAAUUAAGAAAAAAAAUCUGAAGAAAAGUAAUAAUAGAGAUGUGCUAAUUUUUUGAAGACAAAAAAAAAUUGACAGUGCAGCGCUCCUCGGUGCGGGACUCUCUUGACGAGCACAAAGGGUAAACUUUGGCGGUGCAUCGAAAGAGGGGCGGUUUGUAAAGCACAAAAACAAUUUUAUGAAGUUAUACGGAAAAAAAAGAAAAAUAUAUAUAUAUAUAUAUCUUUGCAAGGUGGCAGAAUAUAAAUGCUGCUGACAUUUUGAAGGGGGGAAAUUGAAUCAGACCUUUCUCUGUGUAUCUUUAUCUUCAUUUUCCUCGCACCAGAUGCCAAUCGCUUGAUUUUUUUUUUUUUCUUUCCCCACCGGCCUCCUUUUUGUUCUUUUAGCUGCUUGGUGCUCUUCUGAAGAAAAUCAAGACCUCUGUCAACGUUUUGUUCUGUCCACUUUAAGAUUCCCCCCCAUGGCUGCCUAUGUACUUUUUACACUGUGCCCAUAUGUUCAAGUGGCCAACCGAUGGUACAAUGGCAGAACAAAAAGGAAAAUCGGCAAAUAGACAGCUAGAGUACAGGGCGGCGGGUGAAGACAAAAAAACAACAAAAAGCAAAAGGUCGACAAGUCCAGGACAUGAUUGAUUACGGGACGACGGUCCGAUGAGCGAGGCCUGACAGAGUCGAGUUGGUCCGCCGGAGACGAAGAAGAAGCCACUUUUCUUUCUGCCAUGAAACAAAGUGCCUUCAAGAUUACAACGCGGAAUCUCGAGCCCGGCUGUCGCGCAACAUCGAACACACAUGUCCACUCUUCGUCUGAUGGGCUAUUUUCUACACGCGUCUCUUUUUUGCCCCCCCCCCCUCCUCUUCUCCCAUCCCCACACAAGUGCUGACGGGGUAUCAGGUCUUGUAGGCUAAGAACCAUUUGCUAGACCGCAGGCUUGGGAACUAAACAAGAAAAUGCAGGCGCUGGAUAUUUUUUCGACGGAUAAAGACAGUCCUUGGAUUGACUACCCAACUGAGGUAGCCUUUUUUAAAAAAAUAAAUAAUCCAAAAUCAGAGGGACUUUGAGCGAACUGCUCCUCUCCGCCGCCAUUUCUACGACAAGGCUACCAGAACACGAAAAAAAUCUGAAUAAUGAUAAUAAUGUUGAUAAUAGUCAUGAUAUUUUAUUACUCAAGCGAGAAUGUUUCUCCGCUUUUACAGAAACUGUGAAAAUUUGACUGUGGACGAUCUACCUGAGACCAUAACCUUAACCAGCGGGGGGGUGUUUAAGAAAUGUAUUGUAAAAACAACAAAAAAUCCAAACAAAAAAACAACAACAAAGAAAAUGACAAAUUUUCUGUUCAUCGUUGUUUAUGACAAAUGCUUUGAGGACUUGUCUUGUUUUUUUUCCCCCCCUUCUCUUUCGUGUCUCUUGCAUUUCCAAGCGGAUGGAAGCGUUACAAAUGAUGCCGAUCCUGUACGUUGUAUAACUUGUAAAUGUUAAAGAAUCUCUAUGGUAGAGGUUUAUGAUCAGUGUUUUAUGUUGGGAUCAGGGAAGCACAACAUUUUUAUUUUAUUUUUUUAAUAUUUCUCCGCACAAAUCUGCAUUUAUUAGGAGUUCAUGCUACAAGUUUUUUUUAAGUUUAGAAAAUGGUUCAUUCAGCCUAGGCCUAAGCUAGUUUUAUUUGGCAUCGCGGGUCCUCGGUUGACAAUGGCGGCUCCCUAUCUUAAAUUUUUUACCAACAAGUGCUAGUAACCCAAUGCUUAAUACUUUUAUUAAAAACACUUUUAGGUGCCAAAUGUCCAACAAUUAAAAAAAUAGUAAGUAUAAAGGUAACUAGGUCAAAUUUGUGCCCCUUUUGUAACCUCAAAAAGUGCGACGGAUCAUUGUAAGCCGAGGACCCCUCCCUGUAUUUCGUUUCCUGACGCCAUCUUUUUUUUCCCCAGGUUUGUCAUGGCGAUCUGCAACUCCAAAUUGUGUCCAGUAAAUUCUCACUGAAUGGCUUUCAAGGUGGCCGAUUGUAUGUGUGUUGAGCAAAUGUAACCCAGCAGAAGCUCGAAUUUGCUGAGUCAUUGCGCAGCAAGAACCUGAUAUGAUGAUAAAUAUCCUGAGCAAAACAGAGCAGAAUGAUGGGCAUCCUUCUGUUGUUAUUUAGUCACAGUGAUGGUAUUCAUGUUCAUAAUUUGAAAUCUUUUAAACGUACUGCCAAAAGCUUAUUGUUGGAAUACAAGUCCAUGUUUGUGAAAUGCUCAUCGACUCAAGUGGUAGUUUCGACAUCGCUUGGGUUUUGCCAUUUAUGUCAAAUGCUCACAUUUUUCUUCCCUCCUCAACCAGGGAGAGCGGUACAGUGUUUCGCCUGAGCCCGCGGCAUUUCAUCCACUACGUGCUGCUCGGCUUACAAAACAACGACCGGAUGACAGCAAAAAAACAAAAAAAACAAGACGCUUCAUAAUGCGUCUUUAGAAUCCACACCAACGCUGAAUGUUGUCGAUGAGCUCUUGGGGUCAGGUGCGUGCACCGGUCGCGAUAUAAAGUGGAAAUUGCUUUUUUCUUUUUUUUCUUCUUGUAGCUCUGCAGAAAAUUGAUUUUGUGUUGCACGGUUGCUAUCUGGUUGGUGGGCGGAGGGAUGCGCUCCUGCAGACAGGAAUAGUGCUUUCCUCGCGAAGGCGCUUCGUUCGGCACGCUUCGCUCGUUUCCUCAGCGCGAGAUAAUUUGGACGAGUUAAUUAAAUAUUAGGGCUAUUGACGGUGAAGGGAACGAAUAAGGACGCCGUGCCAUUUAACAUUCUCUCAGAGUUUGGGCUUUGAUGAAUUAAUAAUCAUAAUUUUGUUAGGAGAGCUACUUGGUCCUUAUGCUAUCAUUAUGAUAUCAAGUUUUGGAGGCAAACUAAAUCCAAAAGUCAAAUUAAAGCUUCCCCUAGAAAGGGCCGCACUUCAAAAAUGUCUGAAUUUAGCAUCAUUCCUGCUUCCAAGAGCGACUUUGUUAAAAUAUGAGCUCUGGAAUUGGGCCAAGAUGGCUGCUUCCCUUCCAAUGUGGUUCUGGACUUUUUUGCGCAUCCUGUCUUGACAGACGUCCAUCGAAUUUCCGGUCGAUUGGUGAAAUUUGCCAAGGGCUAUUUUUGUUCUUUCUAACUUUCCAGGGGACUUGAUUGAUGGCGAGGCCUAAAAGUCAUCAAAGUUUGACGACAUUCCUCCACUCGCAGUACACUCUAAAAACAGUUGCGUCAAAAAUAAUCCAAUAUUGGCUGAAAAAAGACAUUUUAGGGUUUGGUUUAAAUAAAUAAAAAAGUUGGGGCGGUCCCUUUUUAGCCCAGAUUUGGUUAUUUUUGACCUGAUUGUUUUUAGAGAGGACAUGGUGUCGAUAAAAAGUAGUAGUAAAUCUAAGUAAGUAUAUUUAAAUUAUACAAAUGCUAAUUAGAUGGAAAGUCCGUGAAGCUUGUGUCAAGAUGGCCGCCAUUAAACGUCAUAAAUGGGUCAAAUCUUUAUAUUGAAUAGCCUAAUCCGCUUUGAGGAGGAAAAAAGAGAUAUUAGCCCGAUUCUUAGCAUUUCAUUCUGAGCGAGGGACUCGAAAAGGGAACAGUGCCAACAUUUCCCUCGUUUCCUUAUCAACCUCAAAAAGGGCUGAGCCAUGCUGUGCCAUUCAUUAUGCUACUUUUUUUUCCCGCCCAGCCUCUCAGUGUAACUAUCCACUCGUGUGCUAUAAUUGCAUCUGGUAUUCAACAAUUAUCACCCACGCUCGAGUGUUGCAUUCGACAGAAUUAGCCAUCACUGUGAUUUAUUUAUUUGUUUCUUGGUGGUUGUUUUGUUUUUGUUUUUUGCAGAAAAGCCUUCAACGCAAGGAUGCUCUUGGCCAUGCGGGAUAUAUCAAAUAAAUUUGGUGUGUCUCAGUUGUGCUUCUUCCUAUUCAUCUUGUUUCAGUGCCAACACACUGUAAUAUCCAAUUAUCAUUCUUCUCUGUUUUUUGCUCAGUAUUUAUACGAUAGGGCUUAUUUUCCACCGCGUUCCUUUGAACUCAUCACCCUUUUUAGUGCCAUACCUGCAACUAAUGAAAGAAAAUAAAGAAAACAAAUGUUUGAUA